AUGACUGCAUGAAGCAAUGCAUAAAGGCGCCGUUGAAAUCAGAGCAACCCCGCCACAGAUAUAAUAAAUUACUCAUUAUUACUCAUAUAUAUUUGAUCCCCGCCAAUUCGAUUAUAUGGUUGAUUGCGCACGAGUGGGGAAGUUUUAUGAAUUGUAUGGGGAGUUAAAGGUUUCGGUUUUGAGUAAUUGUUUUGCAACGUUUUGUGGUAGCCUAUACUGUGCUUCGAAAACGUAAUGAUUCGAAAAGUAAGACCCGGAGGUCCACCGCGCAGAAUGGCACUUCUACCAGCUCCUAGACCUGAACACCAUUUAAAUCGACCUUUUUUAAGAGGCCAAAUACGCAAACCUAGAUUAGGCUUGUUACAACGACCUAGAGCCUCUUUGAUGCAUGACAUUCGACCCAGAUUAUCGAAUCCUAGACGCACUGAAGGUUUAUUAGUUACACCACGUCUACAAAAUACAGGGCCAAGGCAUAGAAUUGCUAAAAGACCUGUACGACAUGAUGAAUUUUAUGAAAAAGCAGCAUCAUAUGGAUAUGAAGAAAGAGAAGCUUCUGAAAUGACCCACCCCACAGGGAGUAAUCAACGAAACUUUCUAAGUGAAACAGAUUAUCAUUCAGAGCAUUAUGAAGCAAAACACCAAGAUAUGGAUAAUCAUUCGCAAGAAUCUUUCAGGAGAGAACAGCAUAUAAAAAAAGAAGCAUACAACCUACCAGAAUACCACUACCAUCAAAAAGAAGACAAUCAUACUUCAGGUAUUUACUCGGAAAGCAGAAACUGUGUUCAUUCACAGCGUCAGCAAGAAUCAAACACCAAAGCACCAAAAAAACCUACAGUUUCUCCACCCCCCAAGAUAAUGAAACUGCAGGAAAAUGAAGAAGACAUGGAAGAGGCUUACCGUCUUCACAGAGAAAAGUUAAGCAGAUCAAUUCGUGAAAGGAAAUUAAGGAGCGAGGAAAAAAGAAAAGAAGAAACCCUUGCUCCUACUGAUGUAGACCAGUUUCCUGUUACAGACAUUGAAGAGAAUCGCAGGAGUGAUAAAAAUGAGGAUUUGUUUGAUAGCAAUAAAAGGGUUUAUGAAGAGACAGAAAAAUUGAAAGAAAGUAAUGAUUCUAAUGGUCUUUCAUGUUUGGCCCAUUACCUGCUGCAUAUUAAAACAUUGAAGCCAAAAAGUUCCCUGGAAGAAAUGAAUAAUAAAGGGCCUGCUGAAGAAAGUAUAUUAAAACAACAACCAUCAAUAAAACAUGAAGCAUUGGAGCAAGAAAAUAAUGAAAUUGUUCCACAAAAUGAUCUAAAUGCACCAGAACUAGGUGAAAAUACUAAUUUUGUUAAAAAUAUCUUGAAAAAACAACAAACAAUUCAACUCUCAAACUAUAUCAAUGAGAUGAAAGCUACUAUGAGAGAGGAAGGGAAUAUAACAACUUGUGUGUCAGCAAAAAUUCCUUUUUUUGAUGGAUCACUUAGUCCCUCUGUUAAACUUGAACCACAGGAUACUGAAGAUGGUAUAGGUUUUCUUGAAACAGAGAAUCAACUUUCAGAAGAACCAAUUGGAACUCGAAUGGUUGCAACAGACACUGGUAGUGAAUCAAGACAUUUGGUCAUUACAACUCAUUUCAAAGAUGUUUCUACAGAUGACAUUCCUGAUGAAAAUAGGUCAAAAAAAGAAGAUAUCAGUUGGUUUUGCAAAGUGUGUGAUAUGAAAGUCCUGGAGGAAAAGAUAACACAUCUCAGAACAGCAGAGCACAAGAAAAAGAAGAAAUGGCAGAGACCCUACUGCGAUGUAUGCGACAUGUGGUUUAGACAUCCAAGACAACUUGUACAACAUGUUAAAACACCAGACCAUAAAUCAAAUGUCUCGCAAACCUUUGGAGAUGAAGAUAUUUCUAAUAACAGCUCUGAAAAUAUUUUACCUGAUGAACAAUCUGACAAAGACCACAUGCAACACGGUAAACAAUAUAAGGGAAAUGAGGAAAUUCAGAACAAAAAGAAAGUUGACAUAGUACCAGAAGGAGAGUUUAAGUUGGAUAUCCCACACAUUAUUCCGGUGACUGGUUACUAUUGCGACGCAUGUUGUGACUUUUUCUUUGAUGAAGGGUCAACUUUAAAUCAUUGCAAGUCUGAUUCACAUAAACAAAAGGUAAUAGAGCAAUAUUGAUAAACCGAAAGGAAGUGAAUCUGCUGAAACAACAGAGACACCAAACACCAAGAAAAAAGCAACAAAACAUAACGGUGCUAAAACUAUUGGCAGAGUAACUGAAUCACCGAGCACUAAACCUUUGGAUUGGAAUUUUGUGAUACCAAAACUAAAGUAAUCAAUGGACAAUAUACAUGUUGUAAAAGCUAUUUCUUAUGGUUUUAAAUGCAAAAAAACACUGGGAAUAUAAGUAGUUGUUGUUAAACCUGACUGCAUAUGUAUUUGAAAACUGCUGCCAAUAUCUCAAAGCAUGGUAAUAAAUAAAUGAACAUGUAAUGUUUCAAAGU